UUUGACGGUUGGUGGCGCCAUGUCGGCGAGGAGCCGGCGGCAGCUCGAGCCGGGACUGGAGCCACCGGCAGCUUUCAGCCGCAGACACCACGAAGCGGAAGGUCUGAUCCCCCCGUCACACUUUGAGGUUCGGUGCCCCGGCCCACCAGCAGUGGACACAGACCCCUGGGCUGCUCUGUCCAAGGCUACCAAGGACAUCCUGGAACUGCGGCAAGAAAAUGAACGCCUGCGAGAGCUACAGAGUGCACCCAACAGAGACAUGCCCAGAGGGCGCGCAGGGGGUGAAAUGGAUAAAGUCUGCAGCAGAGCUAGGUCCUUGGAUCAGGAGAGGGCCCACAAAUGGCCCAGGGAAGCGACUGAGCAGGCGGAGAUCAUUACUGAGCAGAUCCGGGAAAUCCACCGCUUGACCGGGGAGGCACGGCUGCUGAGGAGCACGGUGGAGCAGCAGGCUACAGUGAUCAGAGAGAAGGAGAGCCUGGUGACACAGCUAACCGAGCAGCUGGGGGAGAUGCGGGCAGAGCUGCGGGAGCAGAGGCGGGAGGCUAGUCAGCUCCAGUUGCAGUGCCAGGCCGAGACGGACGGGGUACAGAGCCAGCACCAGCUGGAAAUCCAGCGCCUGGAAACCCAACUGGUGCAGGCCCAGGCUGCUUCGAGUGAGGAGGCAGAGCAGCUGAGGAGUGAGUUGAAAGAGCUGAGGGAGCGCUAUCGUCACGAGGUGUCUGCUCUGGAAGAGGAGCUGGUCAAGCAAGCUGCAGCAAAGUCUGAGGACAACCAGUUACAGAUCGCCAGGCUGCAGGAUGCUCAGUAUCAACGCAUGGCAGAGAUCCUGCAGCUGGCCGAAUCUCGCGACAAAAAUUGCGCCGCUCUGAAGGAUAGGGUGUCAGAAUUGGAGGAGGAGCUGAGGCAGAGCCGCGAGAAGGGACAGAGGGAGGCGGCACACUUCAGAGAGAAGUUGGAGGCGGUCACUCAGGAACGGGGCACCUUGCAGGAAGAUUUACGGAAAACAAAGCUCGAAUUGGAAUCCCAAAAUUCCGUGAUCACUCAGCUUCGCACCUACAUUGGACAACUGGUUCCUGAUGAGAAGCAGAUCGAGGAGUCCCGGCAGGAGAAGGUGCAGCUCAAUAACAAGGUCCAGCAUCUGGAAAAGGAACGAGAGGCCCUGAAAGUGACAGCAGAACUCAUGAACAUACGGCUGAGAUCCCUGAAUGAUAUUCUCACCAUCCAGGAGAGUGAGAGCAGCAGAAAGCCUAAGCAGGGUGUCCCGGAAGGGGAGAAUGCGAAGAGGCUGCCUCUGGUCACACGGUGGAGAGAGAAGGUGUUCACUCUCAUGGUGCAGCUGAAAUCACAGGAAAUCAGUCACGCCAACGAUAUCAACCAGCUCCAUGUCAAGCUCACUAACCUGGAAGGAGAGCUGAGGGUGAAGGAACAGGAACAAGCGUUGCUGCUACACAGCUUUGAAGACAGGACUGCAGAGAUGAACAUGGAGCGUGUACAAAACCAGACUCUCCGAGAGGAAUUAGCCAGCGCUCAGAGUGACACUGUGCGGUUUCAGGGGAACGCAGAGCGAGCUGAGAAUACUCUGUGUCACCUCAAGGAGGUGGUCAGCAGCUUUUACCAAAGGUUCUUGGUGCAGGAGACAGAGCAAAGGAAGGCCUUGUGUCGGUUGGGGAACCUUGGUCAGAGGGUGACCUUUGCCAACAAGAGGAUCGAUACCAUCCACGGUUUACUCGCUCGGAAGGAUGCAAUCUUACGGCUGCAGCUGCAGGAAAAGAGAGGAGGUGCAGGGUCGGACACUGGCAGACGCUCCCACGAGGAUCUGGAGAAGGAGCUGGAGGUGCUGAACAGGGAACGGGACCAGUUAGCAGCUGAACUGAAGAAGACCUCGCAGCUCAUUGAGAAGAAGGUUACUGAGGCUAGGCUGAAGUGUGACAGUGAACUAAAGGACCACCUGGUAGUGAGGGGCCAGCUGGAGGAAGCCUUGGAGGAGAGGACUCAGUGCCAGCAGAGACUGACCGAGGAACUGAGAGAGUGUCAGAAGGAGCUUGCGGACAGUCAGGGAGCUGCAGAGAGCCUGCAGAUCGAGCUGGCCCAGCAGCAGCAGAAAUAUGAACAAGCUCUCGCUGGGAAAGUGGAGGAAGCAGAGCGACGGCUGGCCGAGCAACUGUCCGAGAUGGAGAGACAGCUCAACGAGGCUCGGAGAGGGCACACCAAGGCUGUGGUCGCCCUCCGUCAAACUGAGAGACAGGCAGCUCGGGACAAGGAGCGAAUGCAGGCCUGUGAAAAGUUACAUGAGGAACAACAUCAGAAGGAAAUCCAGCGACUCAGUACCAAGCUGCGUGAACUGGAGAGGGACAGGAACCUCCUGGUGGCCACACUGAGGCAAGAAGGGUUACUCAGCCGGUUCAGGAAAAGCCGAGCUGUAGCUAUCCAGUCCACAGCUGCCCUGUCUGACAAAGAGGAGCUGGCCAGACCCUUAGCAGACUCACAGGCCUCAAAAACCAGCAGCCAGGUGCAGACAAAAGCCUCCCUUACUGAGGUUUUCAAUGAGCUGGAGCUCUUGACUGCAGCUGUGAUUGGGGAUCAAGAGGGUGAAGACACAAACGAGGAAGAGGAGACCAAGUAGGAAAAGGAAAGUGGAAUCCAGUCUUCAAGUGGAAAGACCAGCAUGCAGUUUAUCUCCAAUAAUUGUAUUUAAUGAAGGACAGGAAAAGGAAUCGAGGUGAGCCUCGGCAGGGCAAUCAGCUGUUCUGGGGUUAGGGGUCAGGGAUAGCUGCUCCACCUCACUCUACUGCACAGGAUAUUUACAGCCGAGAUUUCUACCCCCAGCAUCUCUUUCAACUUACCUCCUCAGAUCUCCCCAUGGUAUCUGCAUUAUUACCAACUGAACUGCCUGAAGACUGUGGCUUAUGUGUAGUUGGGAACAUGAUCGGUGUUCACCUACACAAGAAAGUGAAAAUGAACAUCCAGCAUUGAGUAGCAAAGAGCAGUGAAUUUUCCUUUAGGUCAGUAAUGUUUCUUAGAGAGUUAACUCUUGCACUUUAUUUGCAGACACUUCUCACAUUUCUCAAUUGUAUCCUUGUAAACUGUACAUAGUUUGUAUUUAUUUUUUCAGCUGAAAAAUGUUUUCUAUUAAGAAAGAAAGAAAGAAUGACUUAAGAAUCAAUUUUCUGUGUCACAUCUCAGGAAAGGUGCAGCAUUCAAGGCAAUGUAUCUCUGCAGAGAAAUCCCAACUUAGUGUUGCAGGUCUGGUUUGAGUAUUUUUAAGACAGGACAUUAACUUUCAACUCCCUGAGGGCCUAGUAACAUUGCUGCUAAACUAGUAAUCCAGAGCCCCAGGGAAUGUUCUGGUGACCUGAGUUUGAAUCCCACCAGAGCGGGUAAGGUAGUAUUAGACAAUCUAAUGAUGGCCAUGAAAGUAUUUCAGUUGUUGUAGUUGGUUGUAUCGACUACUAGAAACUGCACAGAUCACCUAGCAUCAACUAAAACACUAUAAUCGACUCUGACAAUUCUGGCUCUGUCAACCCUGCUACUUCCUAGCUAAUACCUGGGAGGACAGCUCUUGCUCAGACUAUUCUGACAGUCAUACUGAUGGAACCAUACCUUACAGACAGUACCAUCCCUAAGUAUGUCCUGUCCCAUUGGCAGGGUGGUGACAGUGAUAUAGAGUCAGGAGGGAGUUGUCCUGGGAGUGCUCAGGAUUGAGCUGAAAAUGUGUUGCUGGUUAAAGCACAG